AUGGCUUUACCACUACCAUUUAAAUUUGAUGUAUCAAGAUUAAAGGCAAAAAUUGAUGAAGUCGAAGAUAUAACCAAAAAGACAUUUCAUGCAACUGUUGGGGUCGGAGCAAUGAUAUUGGGUGUAGGAGAGAGAGAUUCAAAGAAAGAGAAUAAAACACAAUAUUAUAUGGAAUUAAUAAGUGAUAGCAAACCAUCAUUAACAGAAGAAGAGUUUUUAAAGAUUACACCAGAGGGAUUUUUUGAUCCAACUUUUGAUACAACUCAGUUUAUAUUGGAUUUACUACCACCAAACGUCGGAAAUAAUUCAGCAGAAUUCUCAACCUUUUUAGAUACCAAUGUUAAACAGUUCUCCAGGGCUAUGGAUUAUGUAAAUUCAAGAUUAUACAAUCGUGUACGUGAAAACUAUACAGAAUUUGUUCAAGGUAUGUCUCAAAUUCAUGAAAUUGGUGUAGAGCUUCAAAGAUCUACUGUAAUGUGCUCGAAUGGUCGUAGAACAUUGGCCCAAACUAAAAAGAAUCUCACCUCGACUGCUUUUAUUAUCAUGUCAAAAUACACCAAACGUAAUUUACUUCAAAGAAUGUAUGUGGAUCUUUCACAAAUUCGUGAAAUCGUCCAUUUAGAGCGUUUAUUAAAGCAAACACUCUCUGACGGUGAUUAUCCUUCAACUAUCAAAUAUUAUUUAGAGUGUCGUAAAACAAUAACUCAACAUCUUCACUAUAACUGUGUACCAGAUUUAGAUAAAAAUUUACAAGAAAUCUAUCAUGUAGUUCAAGAGCGUAUUGAUAAAGAUUUCUUUAAUAGCUGUAGAGAUUUUAACUCUACAACUUAUCAAAGAGUUUUCCAAGCUUAUAAAUUAUUAGGAAGAGCAAAUAAAAUUCUUGAUAGAUUACAAACCUAUUUUGUUGAUCCAAUCGAACCAGAAACCAGAAAUAUUGUUUAUUCACAUGUAUUAUUAUCAGAAGAAAAUGUUAUUAACCCAGAAAGAAUUAAAGGCCUCAGUUAUAAAGAAUUAUGUAAAGAAUUAAAAGAUGAACAUUUUAUUAAUUGUCUUUUAGCAGUUUUCGAAUAUUUAUGUGAUGUUAUGACAAGUCUUUAUUUAAUGAAUCAAUUUCACAUUGAUAAUAGAAUUCAUGAAGGAAGUAAAAUUUUCGAAGAUAUUAACUCUGCACUAACAAGAUUUAAAAAUACAAUUUGGGAUACUAUGCAAAAACAAGUUACACAUUUAUUAGCACCAAGAAAAUUGUCAAAUUUCAAAAUUGAUGACUUUUUAUUAGUUUUAAAUUCAGUUACAAAGAUUAGUGAAAUUGGCGAGGAAUUUUCAGGUCAUCCAUCACAUAAAUUAAAACAAUUAAUUAUAAAUCAAAGUAAAACCUAUUUAGAUAAUUUCCACUGUAGUCGUAUUGAAGAUCUUCGUACAGUAUUAGAAAAUGAAUCAUGGACAAGUAUUCCAGUCGAUAGUACUUUUAAUGCAAAGGUAGAGUUAAGACUUCACAAAAAAUCAAAAGUACAUACUGAUCGUUUACAUGGUGAUCAUUUAUUCCAAUCUAUUAAAACAAAAGGAAACCCAUUCUCCCAAUUAAUUUCGUAUAAAAAGAAUAGACUUCCAUCAACACAUACUUCACCAACCAUUAAAUCACAACCAAACAAUAGUAAUAAUAAUAAUGCAGCUGUACCAAAAGUCCAAGCCCCAUCAACCAAUGGUAAUAAAAUUGAAAUUGAUAGUGACGAUGAAAAUGAAGAAUUAAAACAAGAGUAUAUUCAAGAGGAUAUGGACAGUGACGAAGAAGAGGAACAUAAAAAGAAAAAGCAACAACAACAGCAACAACAAUCUCAACAAUCUCAACAACAACAACAACAAGAAAAGAUUAUUUUGGUAUCAUCAGCUACAAUUGGUUUUGUUAGAAAUAUUGGUAAAUAUUUAGAAAUGAUGGAAAUGUUACCACAUAUCUCCACCGAUAUUUUCAACUCAAUUUGUCAACUUGUCGAAUACUAUAUGUAUACAGUUUAUUCAUUUUCAGGUUAUUUAGAUCCACAAGGUUUUAGUUUAGAAGCUUUAACAACAAAGAUUGAAAAAACAAUCUCUGAAAGACAGUUCGAAGAUCUUUCAUUCACCAAACCUCACGUUUCAAAAUUCAUCAACAAAAUGAAAGAAAGAGUUGGAUUACCCCCAACCAGUAUUGCCACAAGUACUGCUAGCACUGUAAUGUCAGGUAUCUCUGGUAUUACAAACAUUACAAAUAUGAAUCCACUAUCGACUCUCUCAAAUCAAUUUAGUUUAUUAAACACUUCAAUUAAAAAUAUAGCUUCAAAUAUUAAUUCACCAAGUUUAUCAGCAAAUAACUCUAGCAACAAUCCUUAUUCAAAUAAUAUACCACCAAUGAACCCAACUCCAACAACUAUUUCAAAUUCUACACCAUCAUCAACAUCACAACCACAAGAUCAACCAUUGUUUAAAUGGAUACCAGCAAGAAUUAAUUAUUUAGGUUUACAAUUAGGUGAUCCAGAACAAUUAUUUAAUUUGCCAGUUCGUAUGGUUGCUAUUGAAUCACUAUCAUUUAUAGCCGAAGCAUUGAAUGUAUGCAGACCAGUAUUUGAAAAUCUUUUACCACCAAACCAAACCGAUAGCAUCAAUGAAUUCUAUAACAAUAUUAUUGAGAUUAUCCCAGGUCUCCAAGGCCAUCUUGUUAAAUGUACUAUUAGUGCUGUAUUCACACAUCAAGCUAGUCCACAAUUUUUCUCAAAUACCAUUGCAAAUAACAAAUGGGAUGUUAAAGUUGGUAACUCUACCAAGAGUCCAUAUGUUGAUGCUUUUGUUAAAGAGUUUACAAAACUCUUUGCUAAAUUGGAUAGAUGUGUACAACAGGCAAAUCAAUAUUCAGACAUUCCAGUUAUCACUCGUUCACUUCGUAAUCGUAUUGUAGAGUUAUCAUUCGAAUACUUUAUUCAACAAUUGGUAGAUGGUUAUUCUAAAAUUAGAAAAUGUACAAAUGAAGGUCGUGCCUCAAUGAUUCAAGAUGUUAUGAGUUUAAAAUAUGGUCUCGAAAAAAUUUCAAAUGGCGUUAAAAUUCCAAAUAUCUCAUAUGCCGAAGAAUACAUUAAAGCAUUUUAUCUAUUACCAGCCAUUGACGACCAAGCCGUCAUUGAGUGGACUCAAACCCACGACGAAUAUCCAAUUCGUUAUAUAAUUAAUCUCUUAAAUUUAGUUAAAGUUUCAAAACCACAAUUAUUUAGUCAAUUGGAAGAAAUGGAUCGUAAAAGAAGAAAUAAAUAA